GUACUGAUAACAUAAUCUGCAGCAUAAGAUAGACCCUUGGACCUGUAGCUUUAGGGAUAUGAUACUCAGAGUAGUCGGAGAGCAGCACUGAGCUGGCACAUACAUCACUGUAGUCAUGGGCAGCAUCAGCACGGAACACAGCCUGGGCACUGAUGGUCUCCAGGUGUCUGACCAGCAUCCCAGCUCCACAGACCAUAGCACUGUGGACUUCCGAACACUGAACAGGGACUAUGACCACAGGAUUUUUGUUAAUCGGAGUUUGGGACUGGAGAAGAUAAAAUGCUUUGGCUUUGAUAUGGAUUAUACAUUGGCCAUGUACCGUUCUCCAGACUAUGAGCAGCUUGGCUUUGAUCUGCUGCUGGAUAGACUGGUCUGCAUUGGAUAUCCUCAUGAAAUCCUUGAGUAUAAGUAUGAUCCAACCUUCCCCACAAGGGGCCUGGUGUUUGACAGCCUAUAUGGAAACUUGCUGAAGGUUGACUCUAAUGGCAAUGUACUUGUAUGCACUCAUGGUUUCCGUUUAUUAAAAGGGGUAGAAAUCUGGAGUAAAUACCCAAAUAAAUUCAUCCAAAGAGAUGACACAAAAAGGUACCAUGUCCUCAACACACUCUUCAACCUGGCAGAGACUUACCUCUAUGCCUGUCUGGUGGAUUUCUUCACUGACUGCCCCCGAUAUGUAAACUAUGACACUGGGUACCGCCAUGGCAACCUGUUUAUGUCCUUUAAGAGCAUGUUCCAGGAUGUGCGUGACGCAAUGGACUAUGUACAUGAUUCGGGCUGCCUGAAGGAGAAGACUCUGAAGGAUCUGAAUAAAUAUGUAGUCAAAGAUGAGAGAAUACCUUUGCUCCUGAGUCGGAUGAGGGAGGUGGGAAAGACUUUUCUAGCCACAAACAGUGAUUACAAAUAUACUAAUGUCAUUAUGUCCUACCUGUUUGCUGAUGGAAAUGACGAUAAGCCACUCCCGCGUUUUUUCCAAGAAACGGUAGCGUUUUUUCGCACACACCCAGAAAACGUCCAGUUUCCGCCCAGAAACACCCACUUCCUGUCAAUCACAUUACGAUCAUCAGAACGAAGAAAAAAACCUUGUAAUGCCUUGAAAGACCCCAAGAAAAAAUCUUGGAGGUCUUACUUUGACCUGAUCGUUGUGGAUACCAGGAAGCCGCUCUUCUUUGCUGAAGGAACCGUUCUUCGUCAAGUCAAUACGGAUAAUGGUAAAUUGAGAAUUGGAACAUACACAGGUCCCCACCAGCACUGUGCGGUAUACUCGGGAGGAUCAUCGGACAUUGUAUGUGACCUGCUUGGGAUGAAGGGAAAGGACAUCCUUUAUGUGGGAGAUCACAUCUUUGGGGACAUUCUGAAGUCUAAGAAGAGGCAGGGGUGGAGAACCUUUCUAGUUGUUCCUGAACUGGCCAAAGAACUCAACAUCUGGACUGAGAAAAGUGAGCUUUUCAAUGAACUGAAGACUCUGGACAUGUUUCUGUCUCAGCUGUACCAACACAUGGACAGUGGUAGCAUUGAUUAUCCCGACAUCAGCUCAAUUCAGAAGCAGAUUCAGAAAGUUACUCAUGAGAUGGACAUGUGCUAUGGGAAGAUGGGCAGCUUGUUCCGCAGUGGGUCACGCCAGACCCUGUUCUCCAGCCAGCUCAUUCGUUAUGCUGAUCUGUAUUCGGCCUCAUUCCUGAACCUCCUGUACUAUCCCUUCAGCUGCCUGUUCCGGUCUCUCCCUGUGCUGAUGCCGCAUGAAUCCACGGUCGACCAGUUAAGUGUGGAUGGGGCAGAUGCAAGGAAGGUGCUCGGGGAACAUCUGAAGCACUUCAAAAGAGAGCAUACACAGGAAGAUUGGUUGAAGCUGGUGAACACGGCUAGGUUAAGCCUAGAGGAUUCGCCUGCAUUAAAGCAUGAAACAGACAAACAGAACCCGAGCAUAAUGCUGUAUUAGUGACAGUGAGCAGCCGACAACUACAGAGAAGCGCUCUGAUAAUCCAGCAAUACUGAGACGUAAUGAAGAGCAUAAUAUAAAGAGAUCUGCAAAACACCUACGUGGUAACAGUUACUACAGCAGUGUUUGACAAUUUUUGCAACACAAACUAAACUCAAGUCAUCAGAACUUCCUUUUCUGCUAUAUAUUAUAUGAAAAUUGAAUUACUUAUCAAUAUUACAUGUAUACAUAGAGGCAGCACACUUCAGCAAUACUGAGCUCAGUUAUAUCACCUCUGUACAGGCCAGUAUACAUAGUGUAGAUAAAACUGCUCUGAGGUCAUGUCAGCUAAUCUGCGCUGCAGAAAUCCAAAUCAGCGUUUUCCAACCACUCUCCAUUCCCUAUGUACAUUACUGUGAGAGAUGCUGCUCUCUGGUGUUCAGAAAGAAAAAUACACAAUGCCAGAACCCUCCCUUUGGUAAUGUCUGAUAAACAUGUCCCAUACAUUGCAAAUUGUGAAGCAGAAAGAUAAUGGAAGAACUAGUUUUGUUAACUUUAAGGCACGUUUGUUUGUUUUUUUGUUGUGGAGGGUGAGCUGGUGUAGAAAUUUGGAGAUCUAACUAUGUAGCUGGAGUGGAGGCAGCCAUGUUGUGUGUUUAAUAUCUUGCCUGCAUUCUCUUAUGUAUUUAUUAAACAGGAACUUAUCUCACAAAAUGGCUGCUACAAGGUGUAAACAUGACAAUGAAACUCACACACAUUUUAAAAUAUUCACUCAAAGUGAAUUAUGCGGAAUACAUUAAUUUUCUGUGCAUCCUAAA